AUGGGGUUGAAGUUUUCAAGGCAAGUGCCUGGGAAGAUGGAAAGCCUGACCAUACAACACAAACUGAUCAAUUGUCUGAGUAAAAGCUUUUACAUCCGUAACUUGGUGUCGAAGCAACGGAGGCGAAUGCUUGUUGCUGGUUAUGAUCUUGACAUGACCUACAUCACGGAUCGCAUAUUGGCAAUGUCAUUCCCUGCAGAACGAAUGCGGGCAAUGUAUCGUAAUCCACUCUGGCAGGUCAAGUCUGUGCUCGAUAUGAGACACGCAGAUCAUUAUAAGAUCUAUAACCUUUGUAUUGAAGAAAAUUAUGAUCCGUCUCAUUUUUAUGGUCGCGUGGAGUGGUUUCCUUUUGAUGACAAUCAUGUUCCACCUCUUGACAUGAUGAAGCUCUUCUGUGAAAAUGUGGAUUCAUGGCUAUCGCACAAUCCAAAGAACAUUGCUGUUAUACACUGCAUGGCAGGCAAAGGUCGAACAGGCUUAAUGGUAUGUGCCUACCUAGUCUACUGUGGGAUCUCAGCAGAGGAAGCUCUUGAAUUGUAUGCUCAAAGGCGGACCAUAAAUAAUGAAGGAGUCUCAAUACCAAGCCAACGCCGUUAUGUAGGAUACUGGUCACAUUGUCUUUCUUUUCAUCCUGAAGUUGAUGAUGGACCUCCCUCUGUGAAUUUACCUCCUCCAUGUAGCAGAGAACUGCGAAGAAUCCGAUUUUAUGACACAGUUAACAUUGACAAAAUCUUCUUUGUGGUCUUGGAGUUGCAAGAGAUUUCCAGUCAGAUUUAUCGUCCAUCACUGGAAGUUGCUAGGAGCUCCUGCAAACAGAUUAAGAAAGGAUAUCAGAGAACAAGCAGUCCUCGAUAUUAUCUCUCUUUCAUUGAAGGUGAUGGGGCAGACAAGAAAUCAGAACAAGAAGAGCCUCAUGUUGUAGUUCAAAUGGAUACAGAAAGUUCCAUCCUAUACCAGAAGGCCUGUCUUGAAUAUUACUUUGAUAAGCCUGUGCAGGUAACUGGAGACAUACGUGUCAUAUUUUAUCAAAAAAUGAAUGGAGGGCGUCUCUUCUAUGCUUGCUUUAACACAGCUUUCAUCAGGAACAGCUUGCUACAGCUCACUGUGCCGGAUUUGGAUAAAAUGGGGAAGAAAGGAAGAUCGAUAUGUGGCCCUGCCUUCUGCUUGGAGUUGCUAUUUGGUCCUGCGAAUACUACACAAUCAUUCUUAAAUACAUCUGAUAAUCGUGAUUUUCUAUAA